AAGAAACCCAGUAAAACCCUAAUUACUGGGUUUCUUGCUCCAAUGGCGGCCGAGAACGCACUGAAAUCCAAAGAGGUCUCGGCGAUGAUCAAACAGGGCUUCAUCUCCGACCAAUCCCUCUCAUUCUCGCCGUCAAGAUCCAACCUUUCCAAGCUCCACUCCCCCAACUCCUCCCCCACCUCCAAAACCCUAUCCUCUCCGCCGCCGCCCUUCUCCGCCGCGCAAUUGACUCGCCCGAGUCAAUCCCAGACCCUCUACGAGAUGAUGUCCGACGAGCACCACCGCGAUUCCAAGGUCCCCGACCGGAGCCUCCACCAGAAAGUCCACAGGCUCCUCGAAACGGCGCCGUUUCGGAACCCCAAUUGGGGAGGAGGGCUUGUUUCCGGUGAUGUGAGGCUGACGGUGGUGGCCAAGGACGGGUUUAGGGUCUCAAUGGAUGUGCACAAGAGUGUUCUGGCUUCGAAAAGCCGGUUUUUCGCCGAAAAGCUGAGGAAAGAUAGAGGGGUCUCACAUUGUGUGGAGAUUUCUGAUUGUGAUGAUGUGGAGGUGUAUGUGGAGAGUGUGGUGUUGAUGUACUGCGACGAUUUGAAGAAGAGGUUGAUGGGUGAGGAGGUCUCCAGGGUUUUGGGUUUGCUAAAGGUUUCUGCGGCUCUGAUGUUUGAUGAAGGCAUUGCCUCAUGCUUGGAGUAUUUGGAAGCGGCUCCGUGGUCUGAGGAGGAAGAGGAGAAAGUUAAAUCUCAACUCAGUGAACUUCAUCUUCAUGACUCGGCUAGUGAUCAAGUUUUGCUUAGAGUUUCCUCUGAACCAUCCACAUCUGCUAGAGCUGAUGAAAUCUUAUCAAGACUGCUCACUGGUGUUCUCCAAGCGAAAGAUGAUAGAGCUCGUCGAGAAAUGAAGACUCUCAUUUCCAGGUUGCUUCGAGAAGAUUCAGCGAAUGACAGCAAUAGGCUUGAUGUGUCUAAAGAAACCCUUUACCAUCUUUGCCACAGAUGCUUGAGUUCCCUUGUCCUGUGCUUAUCUGAAGCUACAGGCAUGGACGAAAAGCGAGACCGCGGGUUAUUGAUGGCUGAGAUAGCAAGAGAGGCUGAUAACAUGCAGUGGAUUGUUGAUAUUAUGGUAGACAAGAAAAUGGGUGAAGACUUCGUGAAAUUAUGGGCAGAUCAGAAGGAGCUUGCAGUCCUCCACUCAAAGAUUCCAACCAUGUACCGACAUGAAAUCAGCAAAAUCACAGCUCAGCUAUGCAUCGCGAUUGGGACUAGACAUUUGCUGGUGCCCAAAGACACGAGAUUUUCUUUGCUCUCAACAUGGCUGGAUGCUCUUUAUGAGGACUUCGGAUGGAUGAGGAGGGCUUCGAGAUCUGUUGACAAGAAACUUGUUGAAGAGGGUCUGAGCCAAACAAUUCUUACACUUCCUUUGCAUCAACAACAGGCUAUAAUGCUGAAUUGGUUUGACCGAUUUCUAAACAAGGGGGAUGACUGUCCCAACAUUCAGAAGGCUUUUGAAGUGUGGUGGAGGAGAGCUUUCGUCAAACAUGUGGCAGAGCAGGAAAAUCAUAGGUUGCAAAUAACUGUUUGUGAUUAUCCCAGUUAAACCAAGUUUAUAGAAUCGACAUGUAUAUAGAAAGCAUCAACCUUAUUGUUCUCACUUCCCAAUUAAAUUUCUGAUGCGAUUUGAUUAUGAAAAAUGAUCUGAUCUAAG